UCUUGUUUCCCGGCCGCGGCGUUUAAUGUCUGUCUUGUCGACUUGUUGUGGGUUGUAGCGUUACUGUAGCUGUGUUGCAGGUCUUUCAGCAAGUAUAUUCUAUUUUGAUAGUGUCAAAGUUCAUCUACGAAGAGCUAAAAAUGUUCGAGGCACGUUUGGUUCAGAGUGCGAUAUUGAAGAAGGUCUUGGAGGCGAUAAAGGACCUCCUAACCGAAGCCACCUUCGACUGUUCCGAUUCGGGAAUUCAGUUGCAGGCUAUGGACAAUGCUCACGUUUCUUUGGUAUCUUUGAAUCUGCGAAGCGAUGGCUUCGAUAAAUAUAGAUGCGACAGAAAUUUGUCGAUGGGUAUGAAUCUCGGAAACAUGACAAAGAUUAUGAAAUGUGCUGGAGCAGAAGACACUGUUACGAUGAAAGCUCAGGAUAAUGCUGAUGUGGUCGCAUUUAUGUUCGAAUCCAAAAAUCAGGAAAAAGUUUCUGAUUAUGAAAUGAAACUUAUGAAUCUAGACCAAGAACACCUUGGUAUUCCAGAAACUGAUUAUUCUUGUAUCGUUAAAAUGCCUUCCCAAGAAUUUGCACGUAUAUGCAGAGAUCUGAGCCAGUUUGGUGAAUCUAUGGCUAUUUCUUGCACCAAGGAAGGUGUGAAGUUUAGUUCAGCUGGUGACAUUGGUUCAGCCAACAUCAAAUUAGCUCAAACAGCAAAUGUGGACUCUGAAGAGGAAGCUGUGGUCAUCGAAAUGCAGGAGCCAGUAUCAUUGACGUUUGCCUGCCGGUAUUUGAACAGUUUUACAAAAGCAACACCCCUUUCUGCCCAAGUUCAACUUUCAAUGUCUUCUGAUGUCCCACUGGUUGUUGAAUACAAAAUCGGUGAACUCGGACACAUCAGAUAUUAUUUGGCACCUAAAAUCGAAGACGAAGACAACUAAGCACAGAAUCUGGUAUUCGUGUUGUUAUACCGCUAAUUUUUGUUACUGUACGAAACUGGGACACUGCAAAGUAUGGUGUGUUCUGAGAUAAACGCAAUCGUUGUGCCUUCAUGUUGGAGAAAUGAUCCAUGUGAGCAGUCGAAGAACUAGUCACUGGAUAUUUUAAUAAAUUCCUUAUUUUCCAUUGUCUUAGAGUAAUUUCCAACUUUCAUACAUUCUGUAACUAAUAUCUAUAACCAAUACUAGCUGACAAUAUGAAGUAGUUCUCAACGAAACGAAUAAAUCAAGCUGACUGAUAUUUCGAAAUUAAUUUAUUAGCAAAAUGUACAGUUAAAAUUAUUUGGCUGGCCACAAUGUUAAUGUAAUAAGAAGUUGGCCCUAAAAUCUGCAAUAGAGUAGUGUGAUUGCAUGGAUUAAUUUACCGUUGAGUUACUUUACAAUGUAAAUUGAACAGCUUCUGUCAUAAGCCGUAGUUGUUUCGAAAGUAUUGCGUUUGCGGCAUAAGAGGAGAACCAAAUAUAUUUCCGAAAGUUUUGAUACA